AGACGAGGACGGCUAGCAAGCGGCUCAGUCCCCGCCAGUCAGUGGUGCCUUUACUGUGCGACGAUUUAGACGUGAUUUAGAAUUUUUCCUCCUCGCGCGUGUGUAGCUGGGCUCCAAAACCGAUCGGACAAAAGGGAAACGAAACGCGCCGUUUCUGUGUUCUCUGUGUCUUCCGAUUCUUGCAGGAUUCUUCUACGGUUCUAGUGGCUUCCUUCUUGGGGCCAGAGAAGAGGCCAAGAUCUCAAGGUGUGAAGUGUGCUGACUAUCGGAUCGUAGUAGUUUCGUUAGGAUCGAGAUUGGAAAAAGCUAAACAGUCACGUUCGAAGCCGUUCUGCAGUGCUUCAGGAAAGUUGUUCGGGUUUUUUGGCCGAUCGUGUACACGUGCAAGACGAGUGAGAGUUCUAGGAAGCUCACGCACGGGUUGAAUUGUGCAAUCUAAACAAGAGAAAAAAGCCCAACCCGUCGCAUGUGCAACCGCAGUGAUAGUGGAUGCAAUUGAUUCAUUGAGAUCAAUUGAGAUCAACCGGGGCUGAAGAAGUGCAAUUGCAGUGACAGCAGCAACUAAAAAAAACGAAACAAAACGUGAGCAAUAACAAUUGAGUGCAAUUGUCUUGGGUGCGUUGUGAAGUUUACAUAAAAAUGAAUUUUCAUCAAUUUAUGAAAAGUCCCGAUUAAGAUUACGCUGGAUGAUCUGCACAACUGUCGCUAGAGACGUUGCAUUCGUGAUACGACGGGAAGAGUUUAUCCUCUGGACCUAAACUGUUCCAAGUGUUUCUGAGUGGGUGUGUUUCACACGGGAAGAAUUUUAUUUACAAUAUCAAAAACACAUACUUUGUCGAGAUGGCAAUACCGUUUCUGCAGCCCGAAGAAGACGAAAGUGCUCGUCAGCAUGGGAAUGGGUUGCCCCCGGCGGGUACCGGAAAUGUUAGUGCCGGCACUGGCAGUGGGAUCGGAGCUGCUAGUGGUUCUAGUGGUAAUAGCAAUGCCAAUGUAGCAAGUGCGAAUGUGAUUGUGGGUGCUCCGAUGAUUGCUGGGGUGGCUGGACCGAUACCGGUGCCGGGAUCACCGGCUCCCAGCGGGACAACGACCGCUAUUCAAACGCCGCUGAUAGCACCCAUGAACGGGGAUCAGCUGGUGCAGCUUUUCUACGAGGCGCUCUAUCGCUACUCGAGAGGAGACACCCCUUCGACGCCAAUAUCGCAGUCCCCGCAAAGUACCUCCUGCAGCCCUUUUACCACCGGAUACUACAGCGGCCAGGUGUUCUUCCCGCAGACGCCGAAUGCGGUGCAGCGGCCUCUUCCGGGAGCUGGUGGGCGCGGAGGAGGCGGAGGAGUAUUCUUUGGACUGCCAACCCCCAGUCCCAGUGGCAGCAGCAGCCACAGCAGCCAGCACAGUGCCAACAGUCCGGACACACCGUCCUGCUCCUCGGCUGGACCGAUUUUCCACCAAUUUCCAACGAGCUUUGCGGCUACCAGCAGCGGCAGUAGCGGCAGCAGUACCAGUGCCAGCCCAGCAUCAACCGCAGCCGUCUCCUCCUCCUCCUCGUCGUCCUGGAACGACGAAGGAGAUGAAUCGAGCGAGUCGGACUCGUCGCCGCAGCCUUCAUCCGGUGCCGGAUGCAGUUCGCACUGUUUAGGCCUUCCGGCGCAUGAUGUUAGUGGCGGUGGCAUCGGCGGCGGCAGUAGUAGCAGCAGCAGCGGAACAAUAGGCCUAAUGGCAGUGGCCAAUCCAGGGUUCAUUCCACCCCAUCUGGACUACAUGGCAGGUCGUGAACAGCUGCAGGAGUUUGCUGGCAAGAUUCCGCAGCGCAAGAAAAAAUCCAAGGCAAACAAAUCCAAGAAAUCGAGAUUUCUGGAGCAGACGCUGGUGUGGCCGACGUUGGCCGUGACCGCGACGCUGAUCGCCCUUGGUUGUGGACUGCUCGCUGCCAGGUGAACGGGCACAAUCCUUCGCGGAAAUCUAUCUCGAAGAGCAGAUAACCCCGCCCCUCUCUCAUACCCACACACACCACACAGUCUCUCCUACCAAGUGCCUACCGUUGACCGUGUCACCCGACUCCCGUCGGCAGGAGCGCGUCAGUGUCAACGGGAUAAUAAUUAUCUCCAGUACCGUAGCAAAAACGUCGACCUUAGUGUAGGCGCCGCGCCAUCACACGUAAAGAUUCUGCUCUCGGGCGAACGUUCCUUUGAAAAUGAUUAUCGCUGCUAACCGCCGCAUCCGGAGGGUCCUAUCGACAGGAUCAGCUCCGGGCGACGCGGUUGAUUGGCCUUGGCUUUGACCGUACGUACGUCCGGGGGUGGUUUCCCACGUUAGAAAAUUUACCACAUGAAGGGCGAAAAUAAAACACAUAAUUUUAACACCAGUUAGGAUAAUUAGCAGCAACGGAAAACCCCGUUAGAUUGUAAGCGUACUUUUGUUUUACUAUCUCUUAUUCAGACAGUUUUUAAUCCAUUUGACGGAUUGUGAUCUCGAGUUCUUAAAAUGUCCCUCGUUUCAGUGAAGGAAAGCUCGUUUUCCGUGAUGAAAUGAUUUUACAGGGCUACUGUAACGAGGAAAAAUAAAAAUAAUGAAAUGUGAAA